UAAUAAAUAAGUUAGAUAAAAAAAACAAAAAAAAGGAUAUUCUUAUUUUCCAUUUUUUUUCGAUCCUCCGGAAAAGAAGCCAAAGGAAAAUACAACAAAGAGACAAAGACACAGAAACAAAUUGAAAUUAUCCUCCGGAACAGAAGCCAAAGGAAAAUACAACAGAGAGACAAAGACAGAGAAACAAAUUGAAAUUAGAGAGAGAAACUAGAGAGAGAAUUUGAUUUUUUCUGGAGUAGUCUUUUAUUAUUAUCAGUAAGUGGGUUAUGAAACAUCCAACAAUCUGGUACUGUCACCACCUAUUUCUUCCAACUCAACCAUCUGUUUCUUCUUUUAGAUAAAUAAUUUCAUCAUUUAUCUAUUAAUUUAUUAAUUUUAUUAUAACCCUUCUUCUUCAAUCUUCCAUUUCCAUAAAAUACACCCCAAAGUUUCAAUCUUUAUUUAUUUUUUGAAUUGCCCAUUAUCAAAUCCAUGGAAAUUCCAUCCCAAAAUACGAUUUUGUAAUACUUGAAGCUCAGAAUUUGGAGAAAGAAAUAGGGAAAAAUGAGGACUUUGUGUGAUGUUUGUGAAGGUGCUGCUGCAAUCUUCUUUUGUGCUGCUGAUGAGGCUGCUCUUUGCCGUGCUUGUGAUGAGAAGGUCCAUAUGUGUAACAAGCUUGCUAGUCGACAUAUACGUGUUGGACUUGCUGCCCCGAAUGCUGUACCGAAAUGUGACAUUUGCGAAAAUGCACCUGCUUUCUUUUAUUGCGAGAUUGAUGGGAGUUCGCUUUGCCUGCAAUGCGACAUGGUUGUUCAUGUUGGCGGUAAAAGAACUCACAGACGUUAUCUUUUAUUGAGGCAGAGAGCAGAGUUUCCAGGGGAUAAAUAUGUGAAUGUUGAUGACGUGAGCUCACAAGGUGAUCAAAUGGAAGUAAGGAGGGAACCAAAUCAAUCAUCGGACGCAAUUGUGACGGAGAAGGAGCAAAAUCAUGUAGUACAUGUAGAUGGUAAUGGUGUUCCUGAUGCACAAAUGGAUAACAAAAUGAUUGAUCUAAAUGCCAGACCCCAAAGGACUACUGUGCAGUCUCCUAAUAACAAUCAGACACAGGGAAUGGACUAUGUUCCUGGAACUAAUGGUGAUUCUGCAAGUGUUGUUCCUGUUAGAUCUUUUAAAAGUGAGCCGGAAAAAUGAACCAGAUUGCAAAGUCCAGUAUGCAUACUGAAGGCCCCAUAAUCCUGAUCAUACCUUGGGACUUGAAGUUUAUUCUUGCAUGUAAAAAGCCAAAGUCAUAGGCUUAAAAAACAUUCAUAUGAAGUCCCUUACCUUGGCAUGCCCCUGAGGACAAACUCCAUUACUUAAACUGGGUGCUCUUUGUAAGUAGAGUGGAUUCACUGUGGCCGUUGUUACCAUUGCUGAAGUAAGUGAUUACGGAUAAAUGAUAUUGCACAGGCUGAAACUCCAUAUAUGUGUACAGGAGUGAAUUGUUACACACUGGUGAAGAUGAGAGAAAGUAACUACUUUAUAAGCUGUUGGAGUUGCUCCCUUCAUUGAUUUUUGGGAUAAAACCUUAAUUAGGCUUAUAAGUGGUUUUAUUUUCCUCUUUCUUCAUAGACAUGGCUCAGCUCCGAUUCCAAUUUUCUCAAAAUUUAACAUUGUAUGGUCUAGGUUCAAGUAAGAAUGUUUUCAGCUAGAAAUUAUCUAGUAUGCAGUGUUUGAAGCAUCUGCUAUAAUUCUUUAUAAUGAUAAAGCA